GGGAGGCAAGGGUUGCGAACGCCAAGUUUCCCGAUUUCAUUGUAUAAACAGACAGCUGUACAGUAAAGAUGGUCAAUGUACCUAAAACGCGAAGAAUUUUCUGUAAGAAGUGUGGCAAGCAUCAACCUCACAAAGUGACCCAGUAUAAGAAGUGCAAGGAUUCCCUGUGUGCCCAGGGAAAGAGGCUCUAUGAUCGGAAGCAGAGUGGCUAUGGUGGGCAGACAAAGCCAAUUUUCCGGAAGAAGGCUAAAACCACAAAGAAGAUUGUGCUAAGGCUGGAAUGUGUUGAGCCUAACUGCAGAUCCAAGAGGAUACUGGCCAUUAAGAGAUGCAAGCAUGUUGAACUGGGAGGAGAUAAGAAAAGAAAAGGCCAAGCGAUCCAGUUCUAACCUUUGGGAC